GCGGCAAAAUGGCGGCCUGAGGCGAGAGCGCGGGGCCGGGGCCGGGCGGGGGCAAAGUUUGGGGCGGGCCCGAGGCGGGGCCGAACCGGCGCCGAACCGGCCGCAAAGUCACUGGGACCCCUGGUGGAGCCGAGCCCGACCGGAUUCAGAGAAGGAACUGGGAUAAAGGGCCUGUAUAAGAUGAAGCAAUGAAUCCUUACUGAAGUGUCAGACAGCAGGAGCUGUUAGCCAGAUGCUGCUGAAUGCUGACAGGAGAAAGCUGAUUCAGAAACAAUCGACCAGAAAUGUUUGGACACGUCGUCACUUUGAAUCUGUCAUCUGAGUGAGUGUCCUGGCUUCAUGAGGCUUUGAAUUUGACCCAGGCUGGUAACCUGCUUUCGGAGCCACGCAGGUGGGAGGAUGUCGAGCACAGCCCCGUCAAAGAAGCCUUACCGCAAGGCUCCCCCGCAGCAUCGCGAAAUCCGACAUGAGGUACCCAUCAUUCGUGACGACCAGGAUGGAGUGAUCUUGGCUGAGCAGAGUCAGGAACCCUUGACGGAUGCAGAAAGGAUGAAGCUACUGCAGCAUGAGAAUGAGGAGCUUCGUCGACGGCUGACAUACGUGACUAACAAAAUGGAGGCAAUGGAGAGGGAACUGGAGUCAGGUCAGGACUACCUGGAGAUGGAGCUGGGCCAGAACCGUGAGGAGCUGGAGAAGUUCAAGGACAAAUUCCGUAGGUUGCAGAAUAGCUACACUGCUUCCCAGAGAACCAACCAGGACCUGGAGGAGAAGCUGCAUGCCCUGAUUAAAAAGGCAGAAAUGGACCGCAAGACGCUGGACUGGGAGAUUGUAGAGCUCACUAAUAAAUUGCUUGAUGCCAAAACCACCAUCAAUAAGCUGGAGGAACUCAAUGAACGCUAUCGACAGGACUGUAACCUUGCAGUACAGCUGCUCAAGUGUAACAAGUCUCACUUCAGGAACCACAAGUUUGCUGAUCUUCCCUAUGAGCUGCAGGACAUGGUGAAUAAGCAUUUGCACAGCACGCAGGAGUCUGCAGGCCCUGGCCAAGAGGCAGCCCACACCUUGGCUCCAUCUGACGUUGUGCCCACCUCAGUUAUCGCCAGAGUUUUGGAGAAACCAGAGUCCCUGAUUCUGAAUUCAGCUAAGUCUAGCAGUGGCAGCUGUCCCAUGGCUGAGGAUGUCUUUGUGCAUGUGGACAUGAGUGGAGCCCUUCCGGAUGCCUGCAACAGUGCAGGGCAGAUGGGGAAGGAGGGAGGAGAUGUGGGGAAACAGCAGAACGGUGGCUGCAAGCCGCAGGGUAGUGUGGAAAGUGUGCCUGAGGAGGUGCCUGCCUUUGAGAAGCUAAGCCCAUACCCUACACCCUCACCUCCCCAUCCUAUGUACCCAGGGCGCAAAGUGAUUGAGUUCUCAGAGGACAAGGUGAGGAUCCCAAAGAACAGCCCCCUGCCCAACUGUACAUAUGCUACGCGCCAGGCCAUCUCCCUCAGCCUGGUACAGAGCGAAGAUGAGAGCUGCGACAGGCAGCGGACACUCCCCAGCAGCCCUGCUUCAGAAGGGCGCCGUUCAGCCUCCAGCUGUUCCUGUCAGCAGUCCCCCAAAGCAGCCAGGGCUCACGGCUCUUCCCAAAGCAGCCCAUUCAGCAGCCCUCCCCAAAUCCCGAGCGCCUUUGCCAGCUCUGCCAGCUCUGAGGAGGACCUGCUGGCUAACUGGCAGCGUAUGUUUGUGGAUAAGGCACCCCCCACCUCGGAGCGAGUGCUGAUGAACCGCACGGCCUUCAGCCGUGACACAGCCCCCGAGCUCCAGAAGAGGUUCAGCCGCUCCAUGCAGGAGCUGGGUAGGGCAGCCUCGGCUUACUCGGAUGGUGAAGAGUCUGCACAGAGCUGCAGCUGGACUGUGAGCCGGGACUCAAGCGUGGACACAGAUAGCACCGAGUCCAGAGCCCGCAGGAGCCAUUUCUCCUCAGACUAUGGUACAGAUUUCUCCCAGGAUGAAGCCCAGAAGCUGUUGCUUGAAAGCAGCGGAGGCACUGCUGAGCCUGAAAGCCCUUCACCAGAGAAGCACAAGGACUAUGUAGACCUUGGCUUGCCUGAGAGCCCAGCUGAGGAGAGAGAAAUGCUGCUCCAGGCAAACAAGGAGAGCAGCCAAGGAGGUGUCCAAGAGGAAAGCGGAGAAGGCAGGGCCAAGCCUCCUUUCAGUCGGCCACACCGCAGCCCCAAGAGGAUGGGGGUGCACCACUUACAUCGCAAAGACAGUCUGACACAAGCCCAGGAACAGGGCAACCUUCUCAGCUGAGGCAGAGCAAGAAGCGGCCACACUUAGCAGAGCUGUGGGAUGCCCCCAUCAGUCCACCUGAGGGAGAAGCCUCCCUUAGUACCCUCCUCCCGGAGGAAAUCUGCUUUGAGAUUUUGUAUUUAUUCUCUUCUUUUGCUACCUAGAAGAGCUGGGAUCUCUCUUCUCCAGCACAUCAGACCCACAGUACAAGCACACACAGUGUGCAGAAGCACACCCACUGCCCCGACACACUUGCAGCUCUCUUCACAGCCUCACACUGGUGCCUGUACCAGAGCUAGUUCUUGGUACCCCUCGUCCUGGUGCCUGUACCUCUUUUUGCUCUCCUCCCCCUUCCCACUCAGGUACCUGAGGCCCUGGGUGCUCUUGUGUUGUUUCCCCGCAGCUGCUCUGCUCUCUUUUAACUUGUGCCAACAGGGCAGAGUGCCUGUGUGGUGGUGUCUGAUUCCCUGGGAGCCCCAGGGGCUGUGAGUGGGGCACGAGGACUCUCCCAGCAGAUGGCUGUGUGCCGUGGGGAUGUGCUGGGAUUGCUGGUGUCUCAUUUUCCUGCUGGGUUUUGUUUUUCCCAGCCUCCCACUGGGUGGGUCUCCAGAAUCUUCCUCUGCAGGUCGCUGUCCUGUGUCUCCAGGGUUGGGCUCAGCACCUGCUCCCCACUGAGGCAACACACAGGGGUGGUGCUCUGGUGUUGGGCACGGGUGCUGCCUGCUGAGGUGGUUCAGGGAGGCAAUGCCUGCUGGGUGCUGGGGUUUGUAUUUUUGUGUCUCCUCCCUCACACCUCUUCCCCUGCUCUCUGUGCUCUGUUUUGUUUGAACGGUGCUGAUGCUUUGCUCUUGGGUGGGCUGCUUUCUUCUUUCCAAGCCUUUGGUUUUGGGGUGUAUUGUUUUUUCUUUCCCCCACCCUGCAUAAACAGACACAGCCGUUGGCAGCCGGUCUGAUGCCUGCACUGAGGGUGUGUUGAGGAGUCUCAGCUAUCAGAGCUGUGCUUCCCUCUGAUCCUGGCCUCCAGCCUGCAGAAACCCCUCCAGAUUUAAGAACAAGGUCUUGCCUCAGGCAAGCAAGGCGUGAAGGAUGCUACCGGGCUUUUCUGGGAAGGGCUUGGUG